GCAGUGUUAACUUAGCACCUUUGUACUUGCACUAGUAUUCAAAUUUUCCGACAAUGAUUUUUAUUUAAUUGUUGCACUUUUUAUAAUACAUAUACAUAGCACAAGUAGUUUUAUAUAAUCUUCUUCGAGCCGAUAGCUUCAAGGGUCCCACUUAGCAAGAUGAUUUGUAGUUCAACAAUACUGAGGCUAACCGCAUGGCUGGUAUUCAACGAGAUAUCUGCUCUGGCUCUGGCUCUCCCUAGAACCAAGGACUACCGGGGGACGGGGGAAGUAGUGUCUAGUAAAAAUGGAGUGGCAACAGAACCGACGUGCGAGGAGCUCAAAGCGAUGUGGAGAUUCUCCAAACGUCAAUCAAGGGCCGCUGAAAUUACCAACGAAAUCCCCAUGUACAGGGACCCUUUCGCCGAUAAUGUGUGGGAGCCGUACUACGCCACUUCUAGAAGCAUCGGAGGGAUGCGGAUGGGCAGAUAUCGGAGCAAGCCGAUAUACGGACGGGUAGUACACAACCCUCCUUAUCUGCGUAUACAGGACCCCGCAGAAAGGCACAAGGCAUUCGAGGAAGUCGCCAGACUGUACGGCAUGCCCAGACAAAACGAGCCUAGAAGAAGACUGACUACAUUCCGAUUGCCCGGGGGUGGACAUCUUCCGACACUCGGUAUCCCGCCCCAACAGGGAAGUUUCCAACAUCUUAAGGAGCUAAUUAAGACCGAGCGGGCGCGCGAACUUCAACAACAAAGAGUGGCAGAGGAGGCAGCAGCUAGGGCGGCGGCCCUCAAAGAUUUGUCAAGAAACGAGAAUCACAGGAACCAGGCCGGCAUCUACGAGCAUUACGACUUUGAUUCCGAAGAAGACGACAUGGGAAGCAGUUAUAUGGGUAACGGAGGUAGCAGCAACGGAGGUGGGGGAGUCAUAUCAUUUCCAGACUUAUUGGCCCCAGCUGCGCGUCCUCAGGGACAAAACCCCGGAAUAGCCAGGUUUGUUCCGGACUAUUCUUAUACGAGAAGCGGGAUACGAACCAGGACACACGCUCCUACACUUUUUGAUGCCUCUUCGUUUAAUAAUGGUUACAAUGGUUACAUACUAUAGAAGAUGACGCCGAAAUAUAGUAGAGAAUAGUUAGGUGUUGUUAUGUCCACCUUCCGCACUUAUUAGAUGUUUCCUACAAACAAACACUCCCUCUGUGCUUUUUAGAACUCUACUAUACUAUACUAUAUAUAUAUAUAUAUCCCAAAGAACACUCUGUUAAUUGUACUAUAACUGUAUCUAUAUCUAGUUAUAACUGGUGACUGAAAAAUGCAAUUCUAAAGUCUGGUCUAUAGUUGGAUGCACUUUUAGAAGGGUAACAAUAUACUUUGUGUAUGCAUUAGUGACGUUAUUUGUAGAACUGGAAAGGGUGUUAGGAAAAAAGAUCAAUUGGAUUGUUAUAGUGACGUGAUGCAUCAAAGGUAUAUGUUAUUUGUCAAUUUGUGUCCUAUUUUUAGAUUUUAAUAAGCAUUGAGUAAAAUAAUAUCGCCUUAGAUUUUUCAUCUCGACAGUAUUUUUACGACGAUAAUUUUAUUUCGAUUUAGUUUAGAUAAUAUCAGAUGAGUUCGUCAGAAUAUUCAACAACUCUAGCGAGAAAAUCUAUUUUAGUAUAAAACUUAGAAUUACAAAGACGUGAAACAUUUAUAUACUUGGAUUUCCAAGACAUAGCGGUUUUACUCGUGAAAAAUCAAUAGGUUGAGUGUAGGUAAUGCUUUGCUCUUACAAGGCCCCACUUGUAUUUCCACCUUCUUUCUAACUCAAACUAAAAAUUUCUAAUUCCGUGUCAAAAGUGAUGAAUCAGUUCGAUACACUCAACAAGAUCAAGGAACAAACCGUGUUUUUUUAAACUCCAACGUCUGUUUUCAUUGACUGAGUACUGAUAACCUACAGUGAUCGAAACGACAUUCGAAAUGCACAAGUCCGGUUUUGGAACCACGACGAAGAUGGAAAAUCUAAAGCAGCAAGCUUCUUUCUUAAGUGUAGCUUAAUUCGUAUGUAUAAUAUAAAUUUAAGUUCUGCAUCUAUGAUUGUACGCACCUAGACACAUAUCGUGCACAAAAAGAAUAUCACUUAUGUAUACAUAUCUUAGGAUCUGUAACGGACCAAAAUUUUGUACGUAUACAUAUGUGGAUGGUGAUGUAGGAUAAAGAAAAAGACGUUGCCGUGUAGAGUAAACCAAUGUUUUCUGCCAUCAGAAUGGGCUGGAUUUUGCUGGUUCCCUACACGUACCGAUGGGCAAGAAUGAUGUGACAUGAAACACUAUCACUCGUUUGAUCUGGUACACUUUGCAUAGUCCAUUUUCACUACCAAUCAAUUUUAUAUGACCUCAAAGGAUAUAACAGUUAAAAAAAUGCCAUUGCUGUAGUUUUACAAAAGUGUACCAGUUCAGGUGUCAUUGGCUUGUACAUACUCGUAUAAGGUGGUGCAGACAGGAAUAAAUAUGGAAAUGGGAUGAACAAUGGUUUUCUCUACAAUGAAAGGUCUUCCCGGAUGAAUUGUUUGAAAUAAAGUAUAUAUAAAUCAUGUAAACGUACUUAAUUAUAAAUAUAAAGUAGGUAUGGCGCAAUCGAAAUAUUUAGAACUAUAAUAUUAAUGUAAAAACCGAGUCUUCCUACAUAGUAAAGUAUGCCUAAAGGUUUAGAAAGUCAACAAUCCGCACUUCGUCGAAUGUUUUAUAUUUAUUUAUCACAAUUGGAACUUAACACUUAACCUAGUCGAGAGUUACAAAUAUAUAGUACAAGAAGUGUAAAUAAUACAAAUUAAUAUAUAUACCUAAUUAAUUAUAUUUUUUAGACAAAAUAUUAUCCUAAUCUUGGAAUGGUAUAAAUUAAUUGAUGUGAUGAUCCGACAAUAAUGUCAACGAUUUGCUCUUAUACCUUCUAAAUUUUAUUCUGACACGCGUUCUGUUCCAAACACAAAACCACUUUACGAAGGAUCCAGCCAUGGGUAGAAGCGGCUAAACAUGCAGAAUUACAGCGUUAAGUACAGCUACAGCUAGUAAUCCACUGAGAAAAUAUAUUUUUUUUACACAUACAUACACCACAUGAAUCGACGACGGCAUACAUUUCUGUCUCGCAGUCUCUAUCUCUCUUAUCCACCCUGGUUUAACGCCCACACAAUUCCCUUCACAAUGUACAAGUUCCGAAACUAUUUCUUGCACAAUUCCUCAUUUGUCCAAAAGGCGUACGGUCUGAAUCGAAUGAAGGGUAAAACCGUUUAUUUUCCAAAGGAUUUGGUCAAAGAACCCUAAUUUUAUUAUUAUCGAAAACUCCAAUCAGUCUCGAUCAAAAUUUUAACUAAAUUUUAACAUUGCUCAAAUACACGAAAACAAAAAAAAAUCUAAACCAAUUAUCUUGGUAAACAACAUCUAGUGUGUUUUUAAAAUUUCAAAUUUCGCGCGCUACAAUGCAUUAUAAUGGCUAUUGGCCAUCGAGACAAUCGAAAGGCUAGAGAAAAAUGCAAAUGUAUCUGGAGGUAAUGUAAGUGUCAUUUUUUUGUCCACACAUGUUUACACAAAUGUUGUACACACAUAAAUGUAUUGAUGUAACACGCUGUAAUGUACUGUGUGAAAUAAAUGUUCACCUUCUUCAUGUGUUAUUCCAAAAUCCCCAAUGCUGGUCUGGAAUGCAGUGUUUGUCAAUGACAAUAAAACUUCGUCAAUUUCAUUUAAUAACUAAAAUGUAUUUACAUAAGCCAAAUUGAUAGGGCCCAAUAUUGGCUGGUGUAAGUAAUCUAGAUAAAAGUAAUGAUAGAGGCAUUAUCUAAUAUUCAUGUAUUUUCAUAAAUAUUUCCACUAUUCGCAUGCUAAAUCUUAUAUAGGUAAAUCUAAUCAUACCUAUCACAUAUCUUUCUGUACUUUACCCUUAAGCACACAUACAUGUCUCUGUGAUGUAUAUGAAAUUUACUGACAAUAUAUCACUGUAUGGAAUGUUCAAUUAUCAACCCGUAGUCAAAAUUAUUUUAUAUGUAAUAUAUUUCUAUGUACCUAUACUUAUUGUUAACUAAAUAAAUUAUAUUAAAUUGGCGAGCAUCACAAA